AUGUUAUCCAGAUCAAUCUUCAACCAAACUCGUGCCUUUUCCGCAACUUCAGCCAAGACCCAAUUCGCCAAAUUCAGCGCAUAUGGUUUCGUUAGCAACGUGCAAGUUAGAGAAACUAAGGAAGGUGCCCCAUUUGUUACCUACAGUUUAGGCGUCAACAAACCAGUAAACAAGACCACUGGAGAAAAAGACGUCGAAUACUUUGGAGUCACUAUUUUCAACGAACACCAAGUUAAUUACUUCAGAGAGUAUAUCAACCCAGGUGCACGUGUUAUCGUUGAUGGAGAUGUUAGAAAUAGGGCUUACCUUGACCAAGAAGGUGAAAAAAAAUACAAGGUUAACUUUAUCCAAAAGAGUUUUGAAAAGAUUCCUUACCCAAAGAGGGAAGGUGCUGCUGAAACUGAAACCGUCGAAGAGCAGUAG